AUGUCGACGUCGCAGGGACUCUCGUCUGGGCUACCAGCUAGCAAGGCUACAACUCCGGACCGUAAGCCGGCCGAUGCCACCCCCAAGGAGAAGAGAGCGAGCUCUCACGGGUCUAGCGCAGUGCCUGUCUCCAAGAAGGCCAAGAGAUCGGAGUCUGCAAACAUGUUCGCCGACCUUGAAGGCGAUGAUCUAGCAGAGGCCAUCGAUAUCUUUGGCACGGGCGACUUCGACACCAUACAUGCUAAGGAGCUGGAAGCGGAGGCGCGUGUGUCAUCGCACAAAGAUGAGCUCAGGGUGCUGAAUCACGAUCUGAAUGAGUUGGAGCUUGAGUUGAAGAGGCGCAAGGCGUCUGCCGAUGCCUAUAAAGCCCUCAUCGAUUACUCUGAGUCCGAGCUGUUCCGUAAGGAUACAGCUGCUAUCGUAAAGCUUGGAGAGUUGGCAAAGUCCUUGUACAACGUCCUUGCUGAGGCAAAAGAAGCUGGUGGACAAGUUGAAAAGGAAGAGGAAGCUGGUGGACGAGACGAGGAGGAAAAGGAAGCUCAUGGACGAGCUGAGCAGGAAGAGCUCGAAUAG